CAACCACAAACUGACAAGGAGGAGAGACGAGGUACAAAGCAGGAUGCAGAAGGGAUUAAGAACAGAUUUGAGGCACUGGGUUUUGUUGUAGAGCCUUAUGAGAACUUAACAUGUUCGCAGAUGUUAAGAACCAUGCGUGAAGUUGGUCGCCGUAAUCACUCCAAAAAUGAUUGUCUGGCUUUGGUUGUUAUGUCACAUGGGGACGAGGGAAUUGUUUAUGGAACUGAUGGUAUAGUGGAGGUGGAUAUAUUACUAGCCCCUCUGAAGGGAGACAAGUGUCCAACAUUAGCAGGGAAACCAAAGCUCAUUUUCAUUCAGGUCAGGGAGUUUUACAUGAAGGACGAGAAAGGACUCCUUAAUUGGGUCACCUGUCAAUGGCCCUUCAGUGUCCCCAGCCUGACCUUAGCCUAG